CUUCGUCAUCAAUCCUAACAGCGCGGGUUCAUUUUCAUAACACUUCAACUUGUAUCGUUCCCAAACAAUACCUCCCAUUGCUUCGCGAUGGAUUAACUGAUGAGCAUAUCUGCAACGGACAGAACUUAUUCCUUGUACCGAAAUCUUGUGAUCUACUGAUCGGCGGGGCAGUUCACGAUGAUGUGGAAAGGGCCAGCAAUCUGUAUCCCAUGGUAUACGGAUUGAGUUAUCUAGGCAGGGAGUGUGGUUUCGGCGAACACUCGAUAGCGAUUGGCGUGGCAAGUCACGCCGAAUGGAUGAAGAGCGUGCUUUUCCCAAACUACAGGAAAUCUCAAGACACAAUGCAGUUCAUUGAUCCUGAUUUUCAAGAAGGAGACUCUUGCAAUAGAGCUGACGGUCGCGCGGCACGAUGCGUUUCGGUUUCAAUGUGUUCGCGGGGAUGGAAUCGGUUUUUGUUGGAAGGGACGAUCCAACUGUGUGCCACAAGUUCUCUAGUUUGCUGCCCUCUAAACGAUAUUGUGGAUGGUGAGACGAGCUUCACGCACCCACAGCUGGUUAGAUGUCCGAAUUUGGUGGAGAAUCUCCGGCCGAAAUCACCAUCGGGUUCACUUGUGUUCGUAGGACGGAUCAUAUCUAAUACUUUGGAAAUUAGAUGUCUCGGAACAAUCAUAGCGGAGCAGAUUAUCCUUACUUCAGCCAGCUGUGCUGGAGAUGAUAAGCCGACCACUGUACAGCCGGUGGUAAAUACGACUACCACUCAAAAGAUAUAUCGAGUGGAAGCAGUGCUUGUACACCACGCUUACAAUGCUACCGAUGGCACUAACGAUAUUGCACUGAUUCGAUUGAAAGAAACAUUCGUGUGGGGCUCUAAUCUGUUCCCAUCCUGUCUCUGGAUGAAUGCAACACAUGUUCCAUUACUUCUAUCGUUGAUUUCUCCGAUUAAUGAAAAAACACUACAUGUUUCAAGUAACGAAGAUCGAUAUUUUCAUGUCGGCACUGAGUUCGAAAGGAUAUUGAACGCCAGUGCGUUGGCAAUGUUUAAUUCCGAUUGUCAAAGGACCCAUAUGUACGACAUUCAGGACACUCAGCUUUGUGCGAGAGAUCGGAUAAGAAAUUUCACAUGUGACACUGUAAGUGAUCAACUACGAUAUGAUAGAGCCAACGGAGUUUCCUAUCUUGUGGGAUUAUCGACUAACUUCGCUCACUGUCAACAUUCAUACUAUAAAAUGUUUACUAGAAUUUCCAGUUUCGUAAGCUGGAUCGGUAGGAAUAUAUAAAGUGUGAUUAUUGCAAUUCAUUGCAACUGUUGUGAACACGCAGUCAAAAGUGAAAUAAUAAAUCUUUAAUUCAUCGGUCAUCAUAUGUUUUACUGUAGCACUAUUAGUGGUGCUGUAGAAAAGUCAUGUUUACAGGAUAAGCGGAAUUUGGAUGCAGAAAUUCCUCUAUUGAACCAUCUAAACCGUUAUUCACUGGUAUAAAUAGAUAGAGUGCGGUCCUCAUAGCGAUUCCACAGCAUUCGAUGGCUUUUUGUUGGUUUUUUUCUUCAAAUGAAAACAAAACAGCCAGACUUCCUGCGAGUGCAUCUAUGUUGGCACAAAAGAUGGCAUGAAAUGCUGGUAGAAAUUAUUUAAAACUUACUUGAACACCCGAAAGUAUUGGAAACCCUAAUGUGAACUUAAUGUUAGCUAAUACUUUGUGGGUGUGAAAACACGGGCAUUUAUUAAGAGUUUUCAAACGCAUAUUUCUCAAAAUACUUAUUGCGACAUAUGUUGUGUUAUAUCAUUAGACAGUAAAUUUAUCCAGAUUUUUUUUUUCUUGAAACAUGAACAGUGAAUAUAGUAAAAAAAAAGUUAACAAUUUGACGAUUUAAUUGGGUAUGUUUUCUAUCGAUUGCACUAUCCACUCGCUUCCUACCCGACACAACGAGCAAUCUUUUUACCUAAAUUCGGGCGUUAGUUCAUAAUGUGAGUUGAUGCGUAAAAUGAGUUAUUUUCCAUUUACCGAUAAUAGGCAUUAAUUUUAUAUUAUAUUGUAUGUUGUCCAAUCAAUUUGUGCUCAAUUCAUGUUUUUAUCGUGUAGGUCUCACUACUAACAAUUUGUGUAAUUGUGGUCCAGGAUGUCAUAAUAUCGAGUAUGUUGUUUGGUUAUGUGAAAAUGCAAUGAAUGAAUUUAAAUGGCUGCUGAUUUAGAAGAUCGAGAGGGGAUAACCAACUUAAAUUAGAUUAUGAUAGCUUGAGUAGUCGCGAUCUUACAGGGCUUUAAAGUUAUGACAAACAAUGUUCCGGACAACGUGGUAACGAAGGAGAUAAUGCUAUUUUUAUCUAUAAUAUAUAUUUGUAGUUAUAGAUUGAUUUGACUCAGGCUUAAUGUAGGUCUUAAUUAUUUAGACUUGUGUUUAAAAAUAAUAUAUGAUGACUCUUUGUCUUCUUCUGCAUGAUUGAAUGGCUUUAAUGGUAUUUUUAUGUACAUUUUUGAACAGAAUGCGGUACCGAAUUCCGAAAAAUAUCGAAAAACUCAAUUUAAAUGUAAUUACUACACACAAUUACAGUCCAAUGUCAAGAUCCCGUCCGUGCCCCUAGGCUCAGACCCAUCAACUUUUUUU